AUGGCAGCGAAGAAGGCCCAGGUCCUGAACGAUAUCUUUGAGGUGCUAGAGAUCGACCCCGAUGGCAAGAAGUUUGAUAAAGUGAGUCGAAUCAGGGCCAGGAGUGACCUGUUCGAAAUGGACAUGCUCCUGGAUGUUAAUGUAGACAUCUACCCCGUCGACCUGGGCGACAAGCUGGCCCUCUGCCUGGCCACCACCCUGAACACGGACGGCACCCCCUCCGGCGCCAGCUACGACUCCGUCCGCCCCACCGCGCGGCGCACCCUGGCGGACGACUUCGAGUACGUGAUGCACGGCAAGAUCUUCAAGUUCAAGGACAGCAGCUCUGGGGGCCAGGUCAGGGCUGAGGUCUUUGUCAGCUUUGGCGGCCUGCUCAUGCAGCUCAUCGGCGACCCCAAGCGCCUCGCUGACCUGGACGUGGAUGAGGACAUCUUCCUGCUGCUGAAGAAAGUAUGA